AUGCAUUUUCAUCUGAUUUUAACUUUUGUAUUUUUUUUCUCCCAACAGGCAUCCAUGGAUUUGCCGCCGGACAAAGCCAAGCUCCUGAAGCAGUACGAUGACGUCAAAAAGUGGGACAUGAUAUGCGACCAGGAGCGGGUCAGCGCGAAGGACCCGCCCUCGCACUACCUCAACAAGCUCAAGACCUACCUUGACCCCAAAGCUUCCAGGUCAAGCAGGAAACGCAAAAUGGUCGGUGAGUCUACAUCUACACAAGUUUUAAGGGAUCUAGAGAUCUCCCUUAGAACAAACCACAUUGAGUGGGUCCGGGAGUUCUUGAGUGAAGAAAACCAAGGACUAGAUGUUCUAGUGGACUAUUUAACCUUUAGACUCAUGAUGCUCAGACAUGAGCAGAGAUUACGAGAGAGUCUAGAAGAUGAAGAAGAAUCGAAAAACAUAAACGGUCAACUGAAACCAUCAGUUGAAAUUAACUCACCACGAAUGAAACGAGCAUCACGACACGUACAGAAGCUAAACAUGGGAGAUUCGAAGGAUGACAUCCAUGUCUGCAUCAUGUGCUUGAGGGCUAUCAUGAACAACAAAUAUGGAUUCAACCUAGUUUUCGAACAUCGAGAAGCCAUAAGUUGUAUUGCACUAAGUCUCAAUCAUAGGAGUUUAAGGACAAAGGCACUAGUCCUAGAGCUCUUAGCAGCCAUCUGUCUAGUGAAGGGUGGGCAUGAGAUCAUUCUCAACGCCUUCAAUAACUUCAAGGAUGUCUGCUCUGAGACGCAACGUUUCCAGACACUCAUGAAUUACUUCUCAAACUAUGACUGUUUUUACAUUGAAUUCAUGGUGGCAUGUAUGCAGUUCAUCAACAUUGUGGUACACAGUGUAGAGGACAUGAACUUCCGUGUACAUCUGCAGUAUGAAUUUACACAACUUGGCCUCGAUGACUACUUGGAAAAGCUAAGACACCACGAAAGUGAAGAAUUACAGAUCCAAAUUUCUGCAUACCUCGACAAUGUGUUUGAUGUAGCCGCACUCAUGGAAGACAGCGAAACAAAGACAGCAGCGCUAGAAAGGGUAGCAGAGCUGGAGGAUGAACUUUCACACUUGGCAGAGAGGAUGUCUGAAAUGGAAGCAGAAUCACUUGCUAAACUAGUAGAACUGGAAGGAGAGUUGGUCGAGUUACGCAGGCAGAAAGAGGAAUUGGAAAACGUUAAUAGCCAGGUUCAAGAGGAAGUAUCAACCCUACGAAGGGAAGUGAACCAGAAGAGUGAGGAGUCGCGGCAAAGACAGUCAUUAUUGGAGAAACAGAUUGUAGAACUCGAAACACUUGCUCGCUCAAAAACUCAAAGAACAGGUAAUACCAGAAAAAAUGCAUUAAGAAUGUUAAUUAAUUGCAUAAUUGUGUUCAUCAUUUCCAGCUACCCACACCAGCAACCCUCGGCACCAAAUACUUCUAUUAACCAAGCACACACUUACACACAUUUACCACCAUACAAACCACCACCUACUAUUGCAAUUACAGGGCUGCGUGCUUCUAUGGCUUACUCCAACGGCUCGGAUCUCAAAUUCAUGACCUAUCAUAGAAGAAGAGUCAAUCACCCAAUACAGAAAGUACUUUCGACACUACAACUUGUGGUUCGGCUGAAACCUAAGAGAUCCAAUAAGAUGGAAACAUAUUGGACUGUCAAGGCAUAUCGUGAAUACGAACGCGAUCGUAAACCUGUGAGCCAGCUGACAGAUGAAGACCAGUACAUGCUUCAGCUCAGCAAGGUGGACAGAUUGAGUACCAAACUACAGAUUAUGAGCUUUAUUGCCAACUUCUUUGACAGUGUACAUACUGUCACCCCACAAGUUCAUGCUAUCAUCACAGCAUCACGCUCAGUUAGAAAUAGUAACAAGUUGAAAAAAGUACUUGAAGUAAUCCUUGCUUUUGGUAACUACAUGAAUAGCAGCAAACGUGGUCCAGCUUAUGGCUUCAAACUUUCAAGUCUGGAUACUUUGUGUGAUACAAAGUCAGCAGACAAAAAGAUGAGUGUGAUGCAUUACAUUCAGGAAACCAUGAGAGCGAAGUUCCCAGAUAUCAAUAAUUUUGAUGCAGAACUAAGGUUUAUUGAAAAGGCUGCACAGGUAUCACUGGAGAAUAUCAUCACAGAUGUCAGUGAGCUAGAAAAGGGUAUGGAGCAAGCAAAGAAGGAAUAUGAACGAGGAAGAGACAUGAGGAGUAUGGAGGGGCAGGCUGCAUCUGGUGUGCUCAAGGAUUUCUUGAGUAAUUCAGAGGAAAAGUUGAAAAAAUUGAAAGCGGAGGCCAAGACAGCACAAGCAGCCUUUGCAGAAGUUUUAGAGUACUAUGGAGAGAGCUCAAGAAGUAUGGCUCCAAACACCUUCUUUGCCAUUUUUGUCCGUUUCACCAAAACUUAUAAGAUGGUGGAGCAAGAGAAUGAGCAGCGGCGCCGAUUAGAGGCUGCCUCCAAAGCAGCAGCUCUGAACCAACAGAAGCAACAGCAGCAACAGCAAGAAAGUCAGCAGGUGGUUAGAAACAACAAAAUCAAUGCACGUAAACAACAGGCUUACGGAGGAGAGAGGCUCUUUUCUUCAGCUCUGAUGGCAUUACUAUUUUACAUUCUAGACCCCAGUGGAAACCUGUUCAUGCAUGAAUUCCCCCUUGUCAUAGCAUGGUCCCUGUGUUUCCCCUUAUCAUCCUUUCAGCCAUCCCUGUUUCAACUUUCCCAUCAUUCCUGGUUGUUUAAACAGGAGGCGCUGAUGAGUGAAAUGAAGGCGCGUGGUGUGGUUGCAGAUAAACGCCUUCUUUCUCAAGAGGAUGUUUACCAUGGAGCACUUGAGGAUAUCCUCAUUGGCCUGAAAAAUGAGCCAUACCGACGAGCUGAUGCAGUAAGGAGAAGCCAGAGGAAACGUAAUGAAAAUGUGAGACUCUCCCGUACUUUGGAUGACAUGGAAUUUUAAGCAUUUUAUGCAAAGAAAAAAAAUUAUUGCAAUAUCUUUCCAAUUUUCAAAAUCUUCUGUCAAGUCUUCUUAUGGCUGGCUAGUGCAGUGUCAAGAGAUUGUCUUUUUCUUUUUUGACAAGAGACAAGUGAUUUAGAGAAUGAUAUAAACAUUCAGCUCACCUUUGGGAAAGAUUGUUGCUUCCAGUGAUACCCACUUUUUUCAAAUUUAAAGUGUUUUUCCUCAGAAGCUGAUUCAAAGGAAGGGGUGAUGCAUGCAUAACUCUUUGAUAGACAUGGACUUGACUAGCAAAUGUUUGUUCACCACAGGACAAAGGUAUAAAGCAUUCCAGCUAAAAUUAGUUGCUACUUACACGAUUUUUAAUGGACUGCCCAUCCAGGAUGACUGAAGUCUCAGUAUAUUAGUCCUACAGAAAAGAUAAAGCAUUCAAGAUAAAGUCUUCAGAGGUCAUGUAAUACCAGAAUUUUUGUUUAAAUAUUUGUUGAUAGAUUUUCUUUUAAGUUUUGGUAUUAUUAUCUUCUGCUAUAACAUAUAUAUAUAGUUAAUGAGUGACAAUCAAGAAGUUCAGCAUAAGAUACAAAUUUUCAAAAUAUUUUAUUAGAUGCCUGUAUUAGAUUUAUAUGAGUGGAUCCUUUUAGGUUAUAAAUCAUAUAUAUAUAUAUAUAUUAACAUAUAUAUAUGUUAUUUUUUUUGUAGCUAAUACAAAAGAGGAAAUAUAAAAGAGAAUGAGGAUGGUCCAAUACAGUGAGAAUAUUUCAGAGGAUGGAUUGAUAAGUACUUUUGCCUUGUUAUUUAGGACUGGAGUGAUGGUCUGAGCAGUGGCUGAAUCUCUGCACUGUGCCUCGGUAUGGUAUGCCUUCCAGCUCUAGAAAGCGUGCGGUUUAGAGAAGGCCGAAUCUUCGUUAAAUCAUUGUGAGGUUUUGUCAUGUCAUAGGCACAACUUUUAUGGAGUUGUAGUCAUUUUUUUAGGAAAAGAAAAAUAUAUGUUGAUGAAAAAGAACAAAAAAAAAAAGAGAAAAUUAUAUAUCUGGAAAUUUUCCUCCAGUUUAUUAUUAAAGCAGAUAUUGUUUUAUCAAUGAUGGAUCUGAUGCGUAUUAUAUGUGUAAUUUAUUUAUUUCAAAUGUUGUAUGACCUGAUGUGAACUUAUCGCACUACAUGUAUAUGAAAUCAGAAUUAUGGUUUGAUUAUCAAGAGAGAGAAAAAUAAUUGGUAUGAUUUUUUAGAUUUCCUUGCAGAAAAACAAAGUCUAAGUCUUGCAUAUGUACUUGGUGAUUACGCACAGGUUAUAUCAAAUUCCUGGUCUUGUUAGGUUGCCCAGAACAUAUGAAAACUGCCACUAGAGUCCUAUUUGGCAACACUGAUUGAAGGGGGUCAAAGAAGGAAUUGCCAUCCUGCCCCACCAAGUUCUCUCCAGUGUUGCCAGUUCUGUGAUGUCUUAAUGUGGAAAUUGAUUCUUAAUGCCUUGUGGAGCUAUAAGAAUUGAGAAUAUUUUUCACUGUGUAUGUGAUGAUUUGUGUUAUAUUGAAAACUAUCAGUCACUGAUAAUAAUAUUAUUAUUUUUUUUAUAUUAAGAUUUUGAAUUUAUUUUAUAUAUAUCAUUCCCAGAGUCUGGGCAUUAUUGUUAAAAGUUUGCAAAGUCUUGGUAUAUGUAAAAUUUGUGUGGAAAAAAGGAACACAAACCACCCAUUUCCCAUUGUCUCUGCUAAUGCAACAUGUUUGAUAUUUAAACAUAUCUGUAAGUGUAUAUUUUUCUAACAUUACCCUUUUUUUCGCCUUUGUUUUUUUUUUUCUUUUCUUUUUUUUGUACUGUCCAGUCACUGUGUGCCUUAUGAAGGUUUUGUUUUUUCCACAUAACAUGCAGUUACGUCAUCUUAUUUCUGUGACUGCAAAUUAAAAAAAGAAUAUUUAUAUAUUUUCCUUCUCUUUUCAUCCCAAUUUUGCCCAAAAUGUGUAAAUAUAAAUCCUCUUUUGUCUCUGUAUAACCAGUUUCAAAGCAAAGGUAAUGAUCAACUUGAUUUAUAUAGAAAUACACGGUUGAUCUUAUGUUGUCUUGUGUGUCGUGAAAGCUCUUCUUCCUGUAGUUGUUCUGGGGGCACAUUUGAGAAUUGUUGCAUCUUGUAUUGGCCUUCUAACAGUGUUUAAAAGGAUGAAACUACUCAAUUUUUCCCCUUUCUCUUUUGAAGACGAGAUGUGUAUUCUAUGUCAUUCUUUUUCCUCGUUCAGUGGAGUGAUCUCUCAGAUGCGCAUUAUUUUAUAGUCUAGUCUUUAAAUGUAACACUCUUUCAGUUACUCAUAUUUGUAAGAAAAUAUGUAGAAAGUUGCUUAUAUUCAGUCAAAUUUAGUCGAGGAAUUUCCCCCAAAGUACCCAUUAAGGCCUUAUUCUUAAGAAAAUUUGUAUAUAUAUGUAAAUAUAUAUAAAAUCUGUAAAUUGCAUUCUUAGACACUAACAAAUACUCAAUCUGUAAAUAAUAUUUGCAAACUGGAGAAAUGUAUUGCCGAAAAUUAGGAAAGUGGCUCUGAGGGCGUCCAGGUUUAAAAGUUAUCAAGGCAAAGCACAAGGAUUUGUUUUUUUAUGUCCCAUGUAUAAUUUUAGUGUAAGGAAACAUUGUUGAAUGAAGAAUUUACCAAAAUCUUAUUGGUACUUCUGAUAUGGUACUUCUGAGCCUAAACAUCCUUUGUUCAUUUUUUUUCUUUUUUUUAACUGAUGUAUAAUAUGAUAAUGGUGACUGGAAUUUUUUCUAUAAUGAAAUAAUCUUUCAAGAAUUACCACAGUAAAAAAAUGUAUUUUU